UGUCUUUAAAACGUGAAAUAAAAAAAAAAAUCAUCACUAAAAGUAAAUCUAUUAAUUAAAAAAGAAUCAGUUGCAUUAUGGGAUUCGUAAACAAAGUUAGUUUCACUUUUGGUUUUCGAUUAAGGAAGUGUUCAGGGCGUGAAGUAAAGCAAUGCGCAAGUGAAUAAACGGGGAUUUCAAAAUAUUAUUCAAACCAGAUAUGGAUGGAAAGAUAUGUCCACUGCAAACGAAGGAGGACACCCCUCCCAUUAAAGACUGCAAGGACCAGGGGAAGAGGAAUGACACGCGCCUGGAACCCCCAGACACUGAGACCCAGGGGACAGAUCUAGAGGAUUCUGAUCCAAUGAACGAGACUAUUGUGCUCCACCUGUACCCCUUGCACCAGUCCUGCCUUGCCCAGGAAGAGCUCUCUGACCUGGGCAACGGUGUGGAGGAUUCCUCGGACCCCAGGAGAAGCGAGGGUCUCAACAAACACUCGACCACCCUUACCAACCGGCAACGUGGCAACGAAGCCACGGCACUGCCUGCCACUCUUGACUCUCUUUCAGUACACCAGCUGGCAGCUCAAGGAGAAAUCACCCAGCUGGAGGAACACCUGUGCAAGGAUGACUCACUGCUCAGCAAACAGGAUGAACGGGGCUUCACCCCUCUCAUGUGGGCUGCUGCGUUUGGGGAGGUUGCAACGGUCACCUACCUGCUGGAAAAGGGUGCUGAUCCCACAGUUCUAGCUCGGGAGCGAGAGAGCGCCCUGUCCCUGGCCAGCUCUGGGGGUUACACAGACAUCGUCAACACCCUGCUCAAACACCACGUGGAGAUCAACACUUACGACUGGAACGGAGGAACGCCUCUUCUCUAUGCGGUCCGUGGGAAUCAUGUGAAGUGUGUAGAGUCUCUGCUGGGCCGGGGAGCAGACCUGACCAUGGAGGCAGACUCCGGAUACAGCCCCAUGGAUUUAGCUGUGGCUCUGGGACACAAGAAGGUCCAACAGGCUAUUGAAACGCACAUCCUCAAUUUACUUAAGAAGAAAGAAUAGCGCAGAGGGGAGGUCUUUGCGGAGAACGCAUGCAAGAUUCUGGUGUGGUCUACAGACGGUACCCAAAGACUUUGAUGAGCUUGGUAUGUCUUGAUCUUGUUUGUGAUGCAGGGGGGACCCUGAAAUGAAUUGCUCCCUCUCUGCGAUGCGGACUGUGGGCAGACUUAGCGAGUGUUAGGGGUCAGCGACCGGCACUGCUUUCCUUCUUCACAAUGCACUUUUGAUGCACCCUUGAGUUUUUCAUCAGGAGCCUUUUUUAAAAUAACUCAAGAGUGCAGAGUGAUGCCUUAAACACUCACACAUGACUUUUUGAAAUGCGCUUUGAAACCGACUUUAAAGUUAUAAGUGUAAAAAGUUGUCAGGAUGUUAACAAUGAAAAGAAAAAUUACAGGUAUGUUAUUAAUAAAAAAAAUAAAUACAUGUUCAUCAAUCUUUUUGGUGUCAUCAGAAUUACUUGGUAUAUGUUCUUCAGACACAGUGUUAAGAUUCCUGUCUAUGAAUCUAUUCUAUGAUGCAUAUAUGUGUUUUUGAAAGUUAUGACAGGGCAACUUCUUGAACUCCAUAGAGUUCACACAACCUGUUUUAACAUUUGUAAAAAAAAAUUUAAAAAAAUUAAAAA